AUCCGGACAGACGGACAUGGCUAGAUCGACUCGGCUAGUGAUCCUGAUCAAGAAUAUACUUACUUAGAAAAAUUGAGAACGAAAAAAGUCGAGAUCGGUUCUUCUCUGUUUGAGAAUUUUGUUUUCUCACCUUUUCUUCUCGAUAACGAGACGAGUACGAUUUCGAUUUUGGUAUUCUGAUAAAAAAGCAAUCCUGGGCUUGAGGUUGUUGAAGAGGGAAGUGAGUGACAGGAGAGAGACUCUUCUCUUGCAAUUAUCAAAAAGGUAUCGGAGUGAGCUGCGACUCUUCGUCUCUGAUAUUCACUUCUUCGUUUUGGUACAAUGUUCGGUUAACGUGACAACAAAAGUGACAAAAAAAUGGAGAACUGGCUCCGCCUGUUCGAUUAGAUAACGUAAGUAAAAUCAAAUUUUUACAAGUUCUGUUAUUUUAUUCUGCUUUUUUUCGAGCACGUUUUUCAUAAGAAAGCGAAAUCAGAAAUGCGUUCUAUUAACUCCUUUUCUUACAUCUGUACAGUGUACAUUGUAUAUAAAUAUAUUGAUUUACGUACACAUGUACGCUGGGCACACAUGGAAGCUGGGCAUCUGGCAGACAUGUGGAUUAUUCCCAUGCAUUUGUAGCAUCGCCUGGGCUCCAUUUUCUGUCUUAUGCGGCAGACGACCCAUAAACGUCGGAAUAGGUCACAUGUCUGUCAGAUGCCCAGCGUCAGAGGCAACAGCCAAGAUCCUGCUUCAGAUGUGGCAAGGAUGGCCACGAGUAUAAAACUUGUACCCAGGGCAAACCGAAAUGCAUCAUCUGCACAAGAAGCGGGAAAUCUGGAGGAGAGGCCGAACACUCGACCCUCAGCAGGAUUUGCCCUGAGUACCGGAAAGCCAUGAAUGAUAAACAGAAUGGUUAAGGUCCUGCAGCUCAACCUAAAUUACUGCAGAGCGGCGCAGGACCUGCUAGCACAGACGGUCAUCAAGCAGCAGGCUGAGGUGGCAAUACUCAGCGAGCCCUACAAGGACAAGCAUGAAGUCGUAUGGCAACAUAGCUCGGACGGCGGAGCAGCAAUAUGGAGCUGCGGGCAGCCCCCAGGACACCUAUCGCAAAGGGCUUCCAGGGCGGGAUACACCAGAGCGAAAAUCAAAGGUAUAACAAAGGUAUAAGGUACAGCUGCUACAUAGCCCCGAGCGUGCACAUUAGCGAGUUCGGAGCUAUAAUGCAGGAUCGCUGACGACGCACGCGGUAGGUGCCCUAUCCUCAUAUCAGGUGAUUUCAACGCAUGGUCCACAACAUGGGGCAGCGCUAGUACGACAAAGCGGGGAACAAUCCACCUUGAGGCAGUGGCUUCGCUAAACGUAUGCUUACUUAACGAAGGUAACAGACCAACCUUCAGCAAAUCAGGUCGGGAGUCAAUUAGACUGCCUAGCGGCCCGGCGCAGGUGUCAGAGAAGCAGAGGACGCGGAAAUCAGGAGCUAAGGGAAACAACCUAUAAAGCCAAGAGAAAGGUGCUGAAGAGCGCGAUCAAAGCUAGCAAGGCCAGAUGCUUCCAGAAGCUGUGCGAAGCGGCAGAUGCAGAACCAUUCGGGUCAGCAUACAGGAUGGUCAUGGGUAAGCUCAACAGACAGCCGACCCCCACCGGCCACUUACAGCUUGGCCAAAUAGUGUCCACCCUGUUCCCCACGCAGCCGCCCCUUACUUGGCAACCUACCGGGGAAGGCGAUACUGUUCUUACCACCGAAGCCGAAGUCCUGGCUGCGCUAAGGAAAACCAAGACCGAAAAAGCCCCUGGCCCCGAUGGCAUUCCCAAUGCCGCGCAGCACACAUUGGUGGCAAACUACCCCAGGUGUAUUCACGGAGAUGUACAACACGUGUCCCAUCCAACGAACCUUCUCCAUUGGUUGGGAGCGUCAAAGGUUGGUGCUUAUCCCAAAUCCGGGCAAGUUGAACGAUGACGCAUUCUCGUACAGACACCUAUGUGUGCUAAAUACAACGGGGAAGCAUGAGUACCAGGUGACAGGAGGAGUACCUGAAGGCACAGUCCUGUGCCCGAUACUAUGGAACGUCAUGUACGACGGGAUCCUAAGGCAGGCACUACCCGAAGGAUGCACUGUUGUGGGAUUUGCGGACGACAUAGCGCUGGUAACGGUAGCGAAAACCAUCGAAGAGAUCACGGAUAGAUGCAGCCUCUCGAUACACACCCUCAUGUGCUGGCUCGCAGUCAACGGGUUACCAGUCGCCGAGCACAAAAGGGAGGCAGUGCUGAUAAGCAGCAGGAAGGCUGUGGAGAAGGCAAGUGCCUCAAUUAAGUAUCUUGGAGUACUGAUCGCAGCAGCCAAAGCAUUCAAAUCGACUGCAGCCAUCUCAAGGAUGAUGGCCAAUACUCGAGGACCAAAGCAUCACAGCAGAAGGAUCAGAAGGACCCAUAUGGGCCGAAGCUAUGAAGACCGCAACAUACAGCCGCCAGUGCAAAGCUGUCUACAGACGCUACAGACGCAGAUGAUCUCCGGGCACGGAUGCUUCAAGGAAUACCUGCAUAGGUUUAAGCACGAGCCAAACCCCUUCUGCGACCACUGCGGCACAGGAAGCAUCGAAGACGCGGAGCACGCGUUAUUCAUCUGCCCCCUAUACGCUAGGAACCGAGCCGAAGCUGAAACAAUAACCGAUUGUAACCUGACAGCGGAGAUCGUGAUCAGCUGCAUGCUGGAAAACCAAUGCAAGUGGGACGCGAUAGCCAACAUGGCCGCUGGCAUCCUGAAGGAUCUAAGGUGUCGAGAACGGAGUCGACGCAACGAGUAUAGCUUUGCGGCAGUCCCGCGGGAACGGAACACUUCUAUCUCUUCUCUUCUUUUACCACUUUUAUUCCUGUAUAUGGUUAAGCUUUAUUUAAUUAAAAAAAACGUACACAUGUAGGAGAUAAAUGUUGUAACACCACCACGAAUUUGUAACACCACCUCUCCAUGUAUAUCAACCAAUUGAAAUGAAAGCCGUGAGGCUAAAAUACAUAUAGUUUUAAAAAAA